AUGUUCAACGCGGCCACCACCCCGAACCCCAAGGCCAAGAGCUCUCGCCGGCUCUUCUCCCGCCUAUUCGCCCGCGGCACAAGUGAGGUCCCCGCCCUCGCCGGUGGGGUCAGUGUCGAGGUUACGCAGUCCGCUGCCGACGCUGACGCCGAAUUCUGCGCCCUCUACAUCGCCGCGGGUAUCCGUCCACCAACGCCUCUCCUCAAGAGCUGCGGCGCGCGCUUCGAAGGUCCAUCACCGAAGUUCGCCCGCGAGGUCCCGGCACCUUACUCGAAGCUCAACAGGAACAAAGCUACGUAUAACGCUCCGAAAGGAGUCGGUCUUGGCUUGAGGAACGUUAAGGUCUGCCCUGUGCAGCCUAUCGGAUGGAAAGUCUGGCCGGAAGAGUCCGACUCGCUUUCGCGCUCGACCUCCGCAUCCUCCGAUGAAUCGGAUGAUGAGCGCCUGCUUGGCUCGGACGAUGUCUUUGCUCCUCGUGAGGGCGACAGCUACUGUGAUCUUGAGGAGGAGGAGUGGAGCCUCGAUAACGUCUCUCCCGAGAACAUCGAGAACGCGAUUUGGGCGUGCAAGAUGGCUAUGCGCAAGCGUGUCAUUGCCGGCAUGCGGGCGCGCGCGACGGGCUGGAACUGA